AUGGCCCGCAAAGGCAGUCGCAAGACAAGGACCGGCUGUAUUACCUGCAAGGUCCGAAAAGUCAAGUGUGACGAGGCCAAGCCAGAGUGUAUACGGUGCACCAGCACCGGCCGCACAUGCGAUGGCUACGCGGACCCGGCCCAAGCCGCCGCGUUGGACCAGCCCCGGCUGCUCAGAGCCCAGAGUAUGUUCCCGAGCAUCACCAGGCAGGAGAGCAGGGCGCUGCAGUUCUUCUGCGAAAUGGUCGGGCCGAACCUGCCCGGCGCCACCGACCCUUACUUCUGGACGCAUCUCGUCAUGCAAUUCAGCCGCUACGAGCCUGCGGUGAGGCAUUCCAUCGUCGCAAUCAGCUCGUUGUACGAGGGCGUCAUCCGGGUCCAGGAUAGCCCCUUUGACGUGGGCAGCGAGCAGAUCCAGGAUAACGCCCUCGCUUUGCGUCACUACAAUGCCGCAAUCAACCAAUUGACCGUCAUGGAGAACCAGGGGCUGGUGUUGUUGGUGUGCCUCCUCUUCAUUUGUAUAGAAUUCUUACAGUCCAACCGGGAGACUGCACUUCGUCACUGCGCUCACGGCACUGCCAUACUCGCCAGCUCCGACUCUACCUCGUACAAGUGGGUGAGGCAAUACCUCACGCCAUUGUUUCGAAGAUUGAGCGCGUUGCCCUUCUUCUUUGGGAGCGGACCAUCAGACAUGCUCGAUCUAAGCAUUUCACAAUACUCGAUACCGGACUUUUUCAAUACCUUUUCCGAAGCCGAAGCCAUGAUUGAUGACGUUUUCAACCAAGCGUUGCAAAUUAUCCGCCGCGGUGACACAUAUCGCGUAGGACAAAAGAAAGACGUUCCAGUACCAUCGGAACUCCUAGAGGAACAGGACAUAGUCUUAAACCAACUAAAUCGGUGGUACGGCAUGUUCACAGACCUCGAAGCCAGGCGGGGGCAAACGACAUUCAAAAUCCCGGGCUUCGCGCGCGCAUUUGCUCUAGCGAGAUACCGGAUCUGUCUGAUCUGGUUGAACAACGCCUUCGUCCGUUCCGAGAUGGGCUACGAUGAUUUCCUUGACGAGUUUCGCAAAGUCGUCGAGGAGACAGCGCAAACCGCCGCCGAACAAAACAGCACAGAGAUCAAAACGGCCCCCGCAUUCGAAAUGGGCUUUAUCGUGCCGCUCUUCUUCUGUGCACAGCGGUGUAGGGACCUGGGUUGCCGAUUAGAGGCCCUGCGUCUUCUCAAGCUUCUCGCCGCACCACAAGAGAACUUAUGGGAUAGGGACGGCAUGUGCGCCCUGGCUCGAAGAAUCAUCGAGAUAGAACACGGGGUGGAGCUGAAUAUGGACGGUCGACUUACUUCAGGGGUACAUCCUAAAUACCCGGGCCUGCCACCGGAGACGACGCGGAUACAACAAUUCAAUGUUGAAUUCGUAAGUGGACGACAAAAGAACUUUUAUGGGCAUGAAGUACGCGGCUUCAAGGCUCUUUUAUUUAUGCGGAGGGCGAGCGGCGAGAUAUAUCUUCGGCCCGAGACCUUAUUUGAGGAGGACCCUCAACUGUCUGACGAUGUGAGUCAGGAGCACAUAGGGGCAGUCCUUUUCCCAUAG